CCAGCUCUCAGCUACCCGCAGGAGGAGGCCACCCUCAACGAGAUGUUCCGCGAGGUGGAGGAGCUGAUGGAGGACACGCAGCAUAAGCUGCGCAGCGCGGUGGAGGAGAUGGAGGCAGAAGAAGCUGCUGCUAAAACAUCAUCAGUGAACUUGGCAAGCUUACCUGCCAUCUAUCACAAUGAGACCAACACAGAUACAAAGGUGGGAAAUAGUACCAUCCAUGUGCACCAAGAAAUUCAUAAGAUAACGAACAACCAGACUGGACAGACGGUCUUUGCAGAGACGGUCAUUACAUCUGUGGGAGAUGAAGAAGGCCAAAAGAGCCAUGAAUGCAUCAUUGACGAGGACUGCGGCCCCUCCAAAUACUGCCAGUUCUCCAGCUUCCAGUACACCUGCCAGCUGUGUCAGGACCAGCAGGCGCUCUGCACCCGGGACAGUGAGUGCUGCGGGGAUCAGCUGUGUGUCUGGGGUCAUUGCACCAAAAAGGCCAUCAGAGGUGGCAACGGGACCAUCUGUGACAACCAGAGGGAUUGCCAGCCUGGGCUGUGCUGCACCUUCCAGAGAGGCCUGCUGUUCCCCGUGUGUACCCCGCUGCCUGUGGAGGGGGAGCUCUGUCAUGACCCUGCCAGCCGGCUGCUGGACCUCAUCACCUGGGAGCUGGAGCCUGACGGGGCUUUGGACCGGUGUCCAUGUGCCAGCGGCCUCCUCUGCCAGCCCCACAGCCACAGCCUGGUGUAUGUGUGCAAGCCAGCUUUCCACGGCAGCCAAGACCCCAUUGGGGAGAGCCUGCUGCCCAGGGAGGCCCCCAAUGAGUAUGAAGAUGGCAGCUUCAUGGAGGAGAUGCGCCAGGAGCUGGAGGACCUGGAGCGGAGCUUGACCCAGGAGAUGGUGCUUGGGGAGCCCACUGCCACCGAGCUGCUGGGGGGAGAGGAGAUCUAGAUCCAGACUUGGGCCACGGGUAGAUGUGCAGUAGAAAUAGCUAAUUUAUUUCCCAGGUGUGUCCCAGAUGUGGGCUGGCCAGGCCUUCCCCUUGUCCCCUUCCCAGUAAGUUUCCCUUUGGCUUGACACAAGGAGGUGCUGUGUGUUUGUGCAGUUGCCCAGCCACACACUGGACAUCAGUGUUCUGGGUAAAGUGAGGCAUGGCACAGUGAGGGUAGAGCCCAGCUGCCCCGAAUCAUGGCCCCUUUGCCCCUACAGGUUGGCAGACAUUGUGUUUUGGUCUAUAUCGAUUUGAGAAUUGUUUGAAGUGGGGAUUGGAAAAUGAGGUAGAGUCUGCCUAGGAUGGGUUUGGGGAAAUGUGGAGGGGGGCCCUGCUUUGCAAACAUCGACCUGGCCAAAA